CGGCGGGAUAUAUAGUGUAGACGAGAGUCUGUAUUUUCUCAGUGUUACUUUCAGACCGAUUAGCAACGAUGCUGGGGCUACUGGCGGUAGUGCUAGCGCUGGCGAGCGUCUCUUCGCCGUCCUUGGCGCAGGACGCGGCUCCAGCUGAGGCCGCGGCUUCAGCUCCUGCAGUAGCGGCGGAGGACUCGGGGCCAGCGGACUCGGCUACGGCGGAGGCCCAGCCCGGCACCGAAGUGGGUGAGGCGAAGGACGGAAUCCUGCUCAAGGACACGGACGAGCGGCUCUUCUUCGGCCGUUUCUCGACCACCACGUACACCGGCGUGGCCGUGUCCACGUCGACCGUGUUCUUCUCGUGUCUGCUGGGUACGGCGCCCACCGUGUGCGCAGGCCGGCGCCGCCGUGCCAAGAAGAGCGUCAAGUUCGAGACUUCCGCCGAUUCCUACGUCGAGGCGGUGACUGGCUCUUUAACCCACACCCAACCAAAUUCUAAUUCUACCCUCCUUGUGAGACCCAGCCUCCGCGCAUGCCCCGAGAGCGAGCGAGAUGCCCAGUCGCCCAUAGAAACGGCCUUCGUCUUCCCGCAGAUGCUGGGGCUACUGGCGGUAGUGCUAGCGCUGGCGAGCGUCUCUUCGCCGUCCUUGGCGCAGGACGCGGCUCCAGCUGAGGCCGCGGCUUCAGCUCCUGCAGUAGCGGCGGAGGACUCGGGGCCAGCGGACUCGGCUACGGCGGAGGCCCAGCCCGGCACCGAAGUGGGUGAGGCGAAGGACGGAAUCCUGCUCAAGGACACGGACGAGCGGCUCUUCUUCGGCCGUUUCUCGACCACCACGUACACCGGCGUGGCCGUGUCCACGUCGACCGUGUUCUUCUCGUGCCUGCUGGGUACGGCGCCCACCGUGUGCGCAGGCCGGCGCCGCCGUGCCAAGAAGAGCGUCAAGUUCGAGACUUCCGCCGAUUCCUACGUCGACACGGGUCUCGAGAGCAGCCAAACCCCGGUGGCCGUCGGCGAGAAGGACGCGGGCGCCAGCGAGGACCAGUCCAAAAUAUUCGUGAACGUGUGGACCACUUCGAGGACCUCCACCACCGUCACCGUCCUCUUCACGAACACGUCCACCACUCUACGAAUCUCGCUGUUCUGCAUAGCAGGGUUCGUGCAGGUUCCCCAGUUUAACUGUGUUAACCCGUAGGCGGAGUGAGUUCGCUUUGAACACGUUCCGCUCAUGAUAUCGUGUGCAGUGCCCCUUAGUAUUUAAGUUCUGAUUGUGUAUAUGUGGAGGAGAUUCCAAACAAAUAUAUAUGUAUGCAUUAGCAUAU